AUGUCAAAUCUCGAACAACCUAUACACGCCCCUCUCCCCGUUCCUGUACCACUAUCUCCCGUCUCGCAUAAACUCCCCAACCAUAACCCCACAAGCUCCAACAUCCUGACACUAGAUUCUCCGCCUUCCUCUCGACCCCUACAGCUACCACACGCUCCUAUACCGUCACCCAUCCUGUCCAAGCUCUAUCACCGCCUUCCACCAACAUUAAUCAACUUCAUUGACCAAAAUGUCGGUCUUACCUUGGUAGCUUGCGCUCAACUAUUCUUCGUAUUGAUGUCCUUAACAGUCAAGUAUUUCCUAUCCACAACGAAGAUAUCAGCUUUCACACUUAUCUUCGUCCGAAUGAGCAUCACUUCGAUAUUCUGUUUCCUAUCUCUGGUAUUCAUAGUCAAGGAUAAAAAUCCCUUAUUGGGUCCAGAGGGUAUACGGCGACUUCUCCUUCUCAGGGGAUUUUUCGGAUUUAUGGGUCUAUUAGGGAUGUACCAGGCUUUAAGAGGAUUGACCGUAUCUGACGCGGUCACCAUCCAAUUCCUCGCUCCUACCUUGACAGCUCUACUGGGAUAUUUGCUAUUAGGAGAAAAGCUAUCCCUUAAGGAAAUCAUAGCGGGAUUCUGCUGUUUAGUCGGAGUAGUAUUGGUCUCAAGACCAAGCUUUAUUUUCGGUAAUGUAGAUACGCCAACUGCAGGAGGAGGGGGAGGCACAAGAUUGGAUUUACCCCCUCCUCCACCUGGUGAAGGCGAUACAGAAGGUAUUCAAACUCCCCAAAGAGCUGUAUCGGUUGCAUGGGCAUUUGUUAAUGUGUUCUUCACCGCUGUCGCUUACACGACCAUCCGCGGAAUAGGCGACAAAGCACAUGCAUUACAUUCGAUUGGAUAUUUCUCUUAUCUGUGUACUAUAUGUACUGGAUUAUACAUGCUAGUCAACCCUAAACCCACUGUAUUUGUAGAGAGUUUCCGGGAUUUCUUAUUUAUCAUUACAAUAGGCAUAUUCGGGUUCUGCGCCCAGACUCUCCUGACACUAGGACUUCAACGAGAAAAGGCCGGACGAGCGGGUAUAGCAUUAUACACCCAAGUAGUAUUCUCCCUCGUACUGGAGUUUUUAAUGUGGCAAACUAUACCUUCAUUCUUGAGUACUUUGGGUACCAUUAUCAUCUUGACAUCGGCUUUGUGGGCUACGCUAUCAUCCACCAAACCCCUUCCCCAAGCCACACCAACCGAUCCCGAAGCUCUACCAUUCUCACGAUCUCCCUCGCCCAUUCCUCCACCUCAAUCUAAUCGACCAACACUCAGAGGAGAACAUUACAGCUAUGAAUCGGUACCUACGAGCGAAGCGGAUAAUGGUGGUUUCAUCAUUGGAGAAGGUGAGGAGGAAACGGCGAGUAACGGUCUAUCGAGAAAUGGUAGUAAGGAUCUGUUAAAUAUUCCGUCGCGUAAUGGCUCAAGGAGGGGAUCAAGCGCGUCUGAUAGAUCUGAUUCGUUGGGAUUCAAGGGGACGAGCAGAGAUGAUGAUAGAUAG